UCAUCCUGGUUUUCGCACCACUCUCAGCCCCCUUUCUGCUCUAAUAUAUAACUGAUUAGUCUGGUGUUUCUUGUCUUUCUAUUGUCUUCCCCCACUAGAUAUUCCAAAGCCAUCCUGCAGUGUGGUUUGCUGCAGGGAAGGAACUAUUUGCAAGAUGAUAAAUGGGCAGCCAGAGUGUGUGCCAGUCUCUCAGGCCACGUGCUGGGCCAGGGGAUACUUGCAUUACCACACCUUCGAUGGAUGGGCGUAUGAUUUCCACGGCACCUGCAACUACACGGUGGCCAAGACCUGCAGAGAUGACUCCGUCCUGCCCUCCUUCCAUGUCACGGCCAAGAACGAGAACAGGGGGAACACACAGGUCUUCUACAUUGGGUCGGUGACUGUCCAGGUGGAUGGAGUCACCAUCACAGCAGCGAGGGCUGAGGUCGGCUUUGUGUGGGUGAAUAACACCAGGGCCCACUUACCCGUCUCCCUUCAGAUCUAUCAGAGCGGCACCUCCCUCAUACUCUGCACCAACUUCAACCUCAGGGUGUACUAUGACUGGGACAAUCACUGGGACAAUAACAAGGUCACCGUCCUUAAUGACUUCUCCGACAGCCUGUGCAGCAACUAUAACGGGGACCCCUCUGAUAACUUCCGGACUCCGGACGGGGGACUUUGCUCCCAGUGUCACCGCCCUGGGGAAAAGCUGGGCAGUGGAAGAUGA